CGGAGGUCCUCACUUUCUGCUCCAGCUCCCGCCGCCGCCGCAGCUAGGAAAGCCACUACCUCCUCCUCUUCCUCCUCGUCUUUCUCCUUCUCCUCCUCCUCCUUCUCCCCAGCCUGAAGCGUUGUCUUCUGCAGCGGGGGAGAGAAGUGCUAUGUCAGGAAAGUUCCGGGAGGCAUUGGAUGGGGCCACGCUCCCUGCGCUCUGCGGCCGCCGGCGCGCAACCCUUUGUAUGAGGCAAAAGGGCUCCUGUGGAAGAUGGACGUGUUUGUUUAUUUUCCAGAAUGUGUUCCCAAGCCCAUCAGUGAAACGUGAUAGUGCUGCUUGGUGUUGAGAUGCUUGAAGAACACCCACUGACCUGCCGACGCCUUCCAUCCUACUGCAACCAUGGUCUUCUCUGCAGUGUUGACGGCAUCCCACACUGGGGCAACCAACACCACGUUUGUAGUCUAUGAAAACACCUACUCGAAUGUUACGGUGCCUGCACCAUUCCAGCAUCCUGGCAUUGGUCCGCUGCUGAGAUACAAUUCUGAAACCAUGGCUCCCACGGGGAUGAGUUCCUUGACGGUGAAUAGCACAGCUGUACCCCCAACACCAGCCGUUUAUAAGAGCCUGAACUUGCCCCUCCAAAUCAUUCUUUCUGCUAUAAUGAUAUUUAUUCUGUUUGUGUCUUUUCUUGGGAACUUGGUGGUUUGCCUCAUGGUUUACCAAAAAGCUGCCAUGCGAUCUGCCAUUAACAUCCUCCUUGCCAGCCUGGCAUUUGCAGACAUGUUGCUGGCAGUGCUGAACAUGCCCUUUGCUUUGGUAACUAUUCUUACUACCAGAUGGAUUUUUGGGAAGUUCUUUUGUAGGGUAUCUGCUAUGUUUUUCUGGUUAUUUGUGAUUGAGGGAGUAGCCAUCCUGCUCAUCAUCAGCAUUGAUAGGUUCCUUAUUAUAGUCCAGAGGCAGGACAAGCUAAAUCCAUAUAGGGCUAAGGUUCUGAUUGCCGUAUCUUGGGCAACUUCCUUUUGUAUAGCCUUCCCUUUGGCCGUCGGAAACCCUGAUCUGCAGAUACCUUCCCGAGCCCCACAGUGCGUGUUUGGAUACUCAGCCGAUCCCGGAUACCAGGCUUAUGUGAUUUUGAUUUCUCUUACUUCAUUCUUCAUACCCUUCCUGGUGAUACUCUACUCGUUUAUGGGCAUACUCAACACUCUUCGGCACAAUGCCUUGAGGAUCCAUAGCUACCCUGAGGGUAUAUGCCUCAGCCAGGCCAGCAAACUGGGUCUCAUGAGUCUACAGAGGCCCUUCCAGAUGAGCAUCGACAUGGGCUUUAAAACACGUGCCUUCACAACCAUUUUGAUUCUCUUUGCUGUCUUCAUCAUCUGCUGGGCCCCGUUCACCACCUACAGCCUUGUGGCAACAUUCAGUAAGCACUUUUACUAUAAGCACAACUUUUUUGAGAUUAGCACCUGGCUGCUUUGGCUCUGCUACCUCAAGUCUGCAUUGAACCCACUGAUUUACUACUGGAGGAUUAAGAAAUUCCACGAUGCCUGCCUGGACAUGAUGCCCAAGUCUUUCAAGUUUUUGCCGCGUCUCCCUGGCCACACGAGGCGCCGGAUACGCCCCAGUGCCGUCUAUGUGUGUGGGGAGCAUCGGACGGUGGUGUGAAUGUUGGAACUGCCUGAUGUUUUGGGUGAUGGUGGUUCUUUAUCUGACUCUGAAUUUUCUUUCACGUGGCUGUUCCACUUACACGUUACUGUUUUUCAUAGGUUUGUGUGUAAGUGUGUGUGUGCACAGUAUAAAGAAGGAAUGGUGACCAGUUAUAAAUCUGUUACCAAGGAUACACAAAAGGGAAGUGAUCACCAAUGUUACCUCCAGAAUUCAAGAGAAAUCCUUGAUUCAGGGUGGGGAGAUGGUUUUUGUUUCUUUGGUUGGCUUAGUUUUGGAGGUAGGAAUCAGGAUUGUGCUUCAUUGAGCCUGCAGUUACACUGAAUUGUAGGUGUUUGGUAUGCUGCUCAGGUGUUCUUAGUUGAGUUUAUUAAUUCUUUUUCUUCUGGAAGACACUGCUGCUUUCUGCCAUCAUAUUGGAGCCAAAAACCACAUACAUCUCAGUGGAUAAACAUUUACUUUUAUUUUAAAAACCCCAAGGGGGUUAGUGACAUUUUGAAGGUCAUUAAUAUUUGCUUUGGUGCACUUUAAGAAACAAUGUACAAACUAAUUCAAUCGUGUUUUUCAGAAUUUGUUUUUAUACAUGACAUGUUGUACUUUAGGAAACAUUGCAUUAUCAUUUCUAAGGAGAUAGUUUUUAAAAAAUUUUUCAUAUGCAUGUGCAGUUUUAAAGGAGAGAACAGAAAUGUAGAAAUUUUUCUAAGCACAAUAGCGAUUCUUCAGAGUAAUAGGGCAAAGUUAAGGAGACAGCACCCUUGCAGAUUUAAAUGGGAUGCAGUGAGGGGCGGCUGCUGUGGGCUGAGGGGAUUCUUUUACUCAAGGGUUCUCACUGAGUCCAGCAGGCCCUACCGCUUACUGGACACUUACCAUGUGCCAGGCACUGUGCAUUUUUUUAUCCUCACAGCAUCCUGUGAGGUAGGUAUUAUUUCUUUUUUAAGGUGAAGAAAGCAAGUCUCAGAGACUAAAAUUCUGCCCAAGGUUAAUGGUGGAGCUGCAAUCCAAAACAAAUUUACCGAGUCCUGGGGUGGUGCUGUUUCACGCAUCAUUCAGGUAUGGGUGCUGCAGAGCCAGGGGGAACUUAGUAUGUCCUUUUAUUUUUUAAGACUAUACAACCUUUUAAAGAUAACUCUACUUUUUAAUUACCAAAAGAAAUGUUGAAACUAUUGUAAGAAAGUCUGGGGAAUAUAAAAUGAAAUAAAAUCACUCCCAAUCUCCCUUUCAUAGUGGAACUUUAAAAUCUUAGCUAAAGGAGGCUAUCAGGAAAUAAGGUGAUUUUUUGGUUUACAAAACGAGAGACUUAACAAUUACAGAGAGGUGAAAUGCAGCUGUGCGAAGGUCCUGGCCUUGCAGGGUUGGAGGUUUCCAGUUGUUCCAGGUUUCAGCUGUUUCUGAAUGUUCUGGGGCUUCCAGAACUGCAGUGUUACCUGUGCUUGCCCCAGCAGCGCUGGAGUCUGGGAAUGUGUUCAGAGGCGAGUCUGCCACCAAGAAGCAAAUCUAAGCCCCACUGUGGGCGUAGAGCAAGUUGUAAUAGGGCAGAUCUGGGGUUUCAGGUGAUUAUUUUCUUGCUUGUGAUCUGACCCCCAAGGUGAUCCAGACCCUUUCUUUGGUCCCUUUCUCUCUUAAACCACUGAUAUGGUCUGUAAAGUAGCUGACAGGGAUGGGGCUUCAGGCUAAGGCUGUAUGUAAGGGUUGAAAGUGUAGCCUCUUGGCUACAUCAUGGGCUUUAUAAAUAAGUAAGUUAACCAUGAACACUUACGGACUUAUAGCAUCUUUUCUGAAUUUUAGUGCUUUGUGAACCAGUGGGGAAAAUGGGCCUCUGUUCCUCAGUUAUACAGCCAGAGAGCUGGAUUAAACGGAUGUAAGGUCUGGUCCAACUGUACUAUGCUUUCCUCCAUGUGAGAGUGGAGAUUUUUGGAGAACCCAGUUGAGGACAGCUUCACUCUUUGGUUCCAGCAUUACUUCUUUACUCUUUAUUUUACUAGCUAUUUCUGAACAGCGAGCAUCUGAAGAGCAUGUGGCACAGUGUCAUCAGAGGUUAGGACUUUGGCAGGUGGAUCACAUCACAAAAGACCUGGGAAACCUUGCUGUUGCAAUCGAAACAGUGUCGGAACUCAUUCUCCAGUUAAAGAGCUUUUUUUGGACUCAAGCAUGUUAUUUUAACAUGUUGUUUUGAAAUCAUCUGAUGAUAGUCACUUACCUCUGGUUUCUGCCUAAGUUCUUCACAGGUAAAAAUUUUGUGUCUGUAAGUAUCUUAUAGUACACAAACACUAUGGUAAAUACUAGCAGCAUGUAGAAGGGUAUCUACUUUCCAUUUUCAAUAUAAACUGGAUUUCAAGCAGACAUUAAGUACAUUUCCUUAGACUUUCUCUAAGGAAAGUUAGCAUGCUCUGUAUUCAUCUUAUAUAUUGGUGGUAGGCCUUGAGACUCCUUCUAGGUUGGAGCUGAAACUGAGCUUUUGUCGUCUUUUGUCAUUUUUUAUGAGCAAUUCUUAGGUACUUUUGUGCGGCCUUGUAGGCAGUGUUAUCAUUCAGUGAGAGCCCUGGAGUGCCUGCUGAGAUGCACUGUGUUUGUGAAAGAAAACAGAAGAAAGGAGGCUUUGUGCGAAUUCGGUGACAAGGACCAGCAGCUCUCUUUACACUGGAUAAUCUUGAUCAGAUGACAGUUUACAAAUCAUUUUGAGCGUUUUUUAUUAUGUAUAGAUUUUGAAAGCUUUUUAAAAAGUACUCUGGAGUACCUUUGAAAAAUUUAGGUGCAGACUCAUAUGUUGCCUAUUCCCCUAUAUUUUCUUGAGGGGAAAAUAAAUACCACUACUAAUUAUUGCCACUGACUGACAUAAUCAGAAAUGCUUUGCUUUUAUUUUUUUUUUUCUGGUCAGUAGGUAAGAAGCAUGAAAGACGGUGAAAUAUUUGUGGUCAAAAGAAAUCCCUAAUAGUCUGCAGUAGUGAUAUGUAAACUUCAAUAUGAAUAUGUGUCUAAGUGUUCCCAGGGGGGUGUCAACAGUGCAGCUGCCCAGGACCCCCAGAGGAUCUGGGAUUGGGCCCAGGAAUGCAUGCUUUUGUUUUGUUGAGCACUGUGCUUGCUGAUUCUGACACAGGUGGUCCCUGGGGCAUGCUUCAAGAAACGCUUCUAUUGAAAAUAUACCCACUUCAACAUUGUCUGUUUUGUGUUGGAAGCCAUUGUCUUCCAGUGCAUGGGUAACCCACAUUAAGAGGAGAAUCUACUUGUCAUUGAGCCUAAUGUGCUGCCACACGUGUUAGUGCUGGAUCUCACCAGUAUUAGCUGUACCUUCCUCAUCUGGCAAAAUUCUGGUCAACCGAUCUUGUUUCACGGUAGAGCAAAAAGAGUGACUUAAUACUUGAAAGUCAUGACUUUCUGGAGUCUAAUUCCCCUAGUAUCUUCUUUUCUCUGAGACAGAGAUCUUUAUUGUAUGUGACCUACUGGGGGGUAUGAGGGGAAUGUGAAGGUUCAUCUAAUUCCUGUUGCUCUGCUUAUACCAGUCGUGUUCAAUGGAAGCAUGAAGAAAAUAAAAUAACCUUUUAAACCUGUGUAUGUUGGUUGCUAACAAAGAUAUUUAAUUUUUUCAUCUUUUGUUUACAUGAAAAUAUUUAUGUAUUAUAUAUCACAGAAAAAUAUUCACUUCACAUUUUAUUCUUCCAUGAUUUUAGUUUAAGUUAAAGGACUGCUUAAUUCAAAUUAUUUUCUGAACCAUAGUCCUUCUAAACUGCCUUUAUUCAAGACUCAGUUUUUACAAUAAAAGUAUCAAAACACUUGUUUGUUAUUACAGAUAAAUGGUAAUACAUUUCUUAGAUAUAUAUUGGUACUAGUACUUUGUAAUUAAAAUAAUUUAUUUUACAAUAGUACCUGAUCUGUAUGGGGGGUCACUUUGAAUUUUGGGCUGUUAAUAUUUAGAAAUCAAAAAGUAUGGUUAUUUGUGCAUAUUCUUAUUACAACCAGGACAAA